CUUGAAAGGAAGGUUUUGAGGGACUCCGGCCGGCCGGAGAACCGCUUUGACAGCCGCGCUGGGGAUCCGGAGUCCAGAUCUCUCGUCCAGGAGGGCGAUGGGGUCUUCCAAGCCCCCUCCGGGAGCGUUGUCCGUUUUGCCAGCCCGAAAGCGCCUCUUCCAAAGCAUCUUCCCAACGCGGCCGUCCAGAUUUCCCUGCCCCGCCCGCGACGGAGCCCCCGAGUUGCAUCCGAGAAAGCUCCGCUCCGAAAGGGACGAAGGGAGGAACCGGGGCUGCUUUAUAAGGGCAGCCAAGUCAUCCCAGCCUCCUUAUGGUCACCCAGCAAUAGUGUCAGCUUGCACGGCUGUGUCAUUUUGCAUGCCUACCGGGAUCCCACCGUUCGUCCUGCCCGCGAGGUUUCCGAUCCCGUUAACACUGAAAGGAGGAUUUUGAGUGACUCCGGCAGGCCGGACAACCGCUUUGCUUGCCGCGGUAAUGCAUCAAUCCCAGAAAUACUACCAGGCUUCUCUCCUGUGAUACACAGAAUACAUGAGAUACAGAACGAAUUUCGAAUUCCUCUAAGUCCUGAAAGUGGUUCUGAAGUGGUAGACUUGCCUUUCAAUACUACUGAAAUCGUUUGGAACUAUUGGAAUACUACUCCAAAUGUUUCUAAAAUACCAGAAAUUUUUUCGUCUCCUUUUGAUCAACUGUUUGAUAAUUUAACACAAAAUCUUCUCAAUGGCUUCAUUGCCCUUAUUUGCAUUUUAGGCCUGGUGGGAAAUGGAACAACAAUUUAUUUCCUGGCCUUUUCUAUUAAAAAGAAUCAUUUCACCACUUUCAUCCUGAAUCUCUCCAUCGCAGAUUUUGGGGUCAUCAUAUCCCUCAUUACUGCACUUAUAUGUGUGUCAGUGUUUACUCUGAAUCACCAAACAUACCUUAUCAAUGCCUUUUUCUUCUUACUUUUUGAGUUCUUUUUCUUCACUUAUUCUGCCAGCCAGUUUCUGCUGACGGCCAUCAGCCUGGACAGGUGUGUGGCUGUCCACUUCCCACUCUGGCAUCGCUGCCAUCGUCCCCCAUAUCUGUCCACUCUUGUUUGUGGCCUCAUCUGGAUCCUCUCCUUCUUGCUCUCUGCGGUGCAUUUCAUUCUCCACCAGACCAGAACCUAUGGAAGUUCACCUUUGUUUUACCAGCUGAUUGUGAAUGGUUUACUUUGUACGCCUCUCAUGGUUGUGUCUUCUGUGACACUCUGGAUUUAUAUGAGGUCUAAAAUGCAACGCAAUCAAAGGAAACUUCUUAUCACCAUCUUUCUGGCUCUCCUCUUCUUCCUCCUGUUUUCUCUCCCAAUGAAUGUCUUUUAUGUCCUUGAACAUUUUGUUUCCUAUAAUCCCCUCCUCCUGACCAUUGGGGUAGGAUGUGGCACUCUCAACAGCAGCAUCAAUCCUCUUCUUUAUUUUUUAGUGGGGAGGAAGAAGAGGGGAAAGGAUCAGCCCAGAGCAUCUUACAAGGUUGCUCUGCAAAGAGUCUUCAAGGAUGAGAAGGGAAGCACGGAAGAGCAGUAAACCACAAAUGAAACCCAAUUAUUAAGAGUCAUAAAUAUUGCAUAUAAAAUAUUUUAAGGUACAAGCUUAUUUUGGAUAUCAUAUGUGCUUUCGUUAAGAACACACAGAUGUGAUCAAAUUUACUGAGCAUAGCACUUAAAGACAAAAACUAUGUAAACAGGAAGUAUUGAUGGGUCCAUAAUUUUCAAUCCGAAAAAGCUGCUUAAAAGAAAAUAUGACAUUUUUGAUCUUGAAAAAUUUCAGGCAUAAUAUCAUUCAAUUAUAUUUUAUACUAAGUUUAUUAUUAAUAAUAAUUAAUUAGUGGCUUUGUUUUUUUACUAAAUAUAUGCAGCUUCUGUAAUAAUGUCAAGUUCAUGGAGUGUAUAUUGGAGGUGGUGACUCUUUGAGAGCUGUAUGCAAUGAAAUUUCAUUUUAAUGUAUGCUAAUUAGUGUACAUUCAAAGUGUCAAUAAAGUUAUUCUAUUCUAUUCUAUUCUGUUCUGUUCUGUUCUGUUCUGUUCUGUUCUGUUCUGUUCUGUUCUGUUCUGUUCUGUUCUAUGCUAUGCUAUGCUAUCCUAUCCUAUCCUAUCCUAUCCUAUCCUAUUAUUGAUAGUAAGCCUCCCCUCCUGCCAGUCUUUUAGGGUGAUUUCAAUUCCUUAUUUUUAUCUGGCACCAACCUCACCUGGCAAAAUUGUGGAAUAGAAGAAUCUUAGUAAUCUUUCCUUUUCUUUCGCAAACCUCUUCUGGGUUUUUAUUCUUAAUUUUGUUUGGCUUUUUUUGGAAUAGAAGGACUUUUUAAGGAUUUGUGAGGGUAUGGGUGUGGGUGUCGAAAAAUAGAUAGAUAGAAAGAUAGAUAGAUAGAUAAAUAGAUGAUAGAUGAUAGAUAGAUAGAUAGAUAGAUAGAUAGAUAGAUAGAUAGAUAGAUAGAUAGAUAGAUAGAUGAGAGACAGAUACAGAGAUAAAAUCAUACAGUGGUACCUUGGCAUCCAACUGCUUUGAAACUCUUCAAGUUUGUUGCUCAAUACAUUUUGAUGCAAAACUUUUGUCCCAGUACUCAUUUGUUUGCUACUGAAUUCUCACUACAUAUAUUAUCCCUUAGAGCAAACAUUUGUUCUGAGCAAUCAUUACACCUCUUGGAGCCAAUUGAUGAUGAGUAACAUGGUACCACUGUAUAGAUGUAGAUGAUACAUAUGAUAGAUAAUAGCCAGAUAAAUGAUUGAUAGAUAGAUAGAUAGAUAGAUAGAUAGAUAGAUAGAUAGACAGACAGACAGACAGACAGGUAGACAGAUGAUAGAUGAUAAUUAGAGAGACAAAUAUAGAUGGAAUAGAGAUAUAGAUAUAGUUAUAGAUGAUAGAUAUAGAUAUAAAGAUAGAUGUAGCUGUAGAUACUGCAGUUAGAUUUCGAUAUUUGCUUCUCAAAAUAUUUUUGCACUUUAUGUAUUUUAUCAUUGUUCAGCUUUUGUUUGCAUUCUAGUCUUUUUAUUCUGGUCUAUGACCAAAAUAAAUUUUUACUUUGAUUUCUGUUACGGAAUUGGACACCUGUUUGCAGGAGGGAAGGCCUCUUUCUCAAGGAGCUAAAAGGCAAAUCAGCCUUGAGUUGUUGGUGUGCAGAAAGAGGCUGAGAAGGGAUCCUCUCUAAAACCUGCAUAAGAUUUAUCUGAUAGAGAUGCAGAGUGUACUUUAGUCUGGCAAGAUUCCAGUCUAUAUACAAAGAUACAAUAAACAGUUUACUGAGCAAAAUACUUAAAAACAAAAACUAUGUAAACAGGAAGUGUUGCUGUGUCCUCAUUUUUCAAUCCGAAGAACUUGUUUAACAAGAAAUGUUUUAGCUGCUUAACACAAAAUAUGUCAUUUUUGACCUUGAAGAUUUUCAGACUUAGUAUUAUUCAAUUAUAUUUUCUAAUAACUUUACUAUUUAAUAAUCAUUAAAUAGUGGCUUUUUUACUAAAUAUAUGUAGCUUCUGUAAUAAUGUCAUGUUCAUGGAGUUUAUAUUGGAGCUGAAUGCAAUCAAAUUUCAUUUUAAUGUAUGCUGAUUAGUGUACAUUCAAAGUGUCAAUAGUUAUGCUAUGCUAUGCUAUGCUAUGCUAUGCUAUGCUAUGCUAUGCUAUGCUAUGCUAUGCUAUUAUAAAUAGUAAGCCUCCCCUCCUGCCACUCUUUUAUUGUGAUUUCAAGUCUGUAUUUCUAGCUGGCACCAACCUCACCAGGCAAAAUUCUGGAAUAGAAGAACCUUAGUAAUCUUUCCUUUUCAUUCACAAACCUCUUCUGGGUUUUUAUUCUUAGUUUUUUAAGGCUGUUUUUGGAAUAGAAGAAUUUUUUAAAGGAUUUGUUGUGAGGGUAUGAGUGUGAGUGUCGAAAGAUAGAGAUAGAUAGAUAGAUAAAUAGAUAGAUAGAUAGAUAGAUAGAUAGAUAGAUAGAUAGAUAGAUAGAUAGAUAGAUAGAUAGAUGAGAGAUAGAUGAGAGACAGACAGAUACAUAGAUAGAAGCAUACAGUGGUACCUUGGCAUGCAACUGCUUUGAAACUCUUCAAGUUUGUUACUCAAUACAUUUUGAUGCAAAACUUUUGUCCCAGUACUCAUCGUUUGUUUGCUACUCAAUUCUCACUGCACAUAUUAUCCUUUAGAGCAAACAUUUGUUUUGAGCAAUCAUUACACCCCUUGGAGCCAAUUAAUGAUGAGUAACAUGGUACCACUGUAUAGAUGUAGAUGAUAUAUAUGAUAGAUAAUAGAUAGAUAAAUGAUAGAUAGAUAGAUAGAUAGAUAGAUAGAUAGACAGACAGACAGACAGACAGACAGACAGACAGAUAGACAGAUGAUAGAUGAAAAAUAGAUAGAAAAAUAUAGAUGGUAUAGAGAUAUAGAUAUAGUUAUAGAUGAUAGAUAUAGAGAUAAAGAGAGCUAGCGAUGAUAGAGGUAAAGAUACAGACAUAUAGAUGUAGCUGUAGGUACUGCAGUUAGAUUUCGAUAUUUGCUUCUCAAAAUAUUUUUGCACUUUAUGUAUUUUAUCAUUGUUCAGCUUUUGUUUGCAUUCUAGUCUUUUUAUUCUGGUCUAUGACCAAAAUAAAUUUUUACUUUGGUUUGUGUUACGGAAUUGGACACCUGUUUGCAGGAGGGAAGGCCUCUUUCUCAAGGAGCUAAAAGGCAAAUCAGCCUUCAGUUGUUGGUGUGCAGAAAGAGGCUGAGAAAAGAUUCUCUCUAAAACCUGCAUAGGGUUUAUCUGAUAGAGAUGCAGAGUGUACUUUAGUCUGGCAAGAUUCCUGUCUA